GCUGCGCGGAGCUACCCAGGGACGGGAAGUUGUCAGUGACGGAGCUUAUCGCUGUAGCUAAAUGCUUUUCCUGGGGGAGACGAGUGACUUUAGGAAGUGUUUUAUUUUGUAACAAUGUGCCAGCCUGUCCAAGCGCUGCUGUGUUCUUUACUCUGUCUACUUUUGGGAGGGACUGCGAUUCGUUUCGGAAGUAACGCGACGCGUAUAGUGACGGGUGAUGACGCCUUCGCCAUCCAGCAUGAAGGAACAGGCAAAUGUUUGCAGGCGCGGCAGGGCUCUCUGAUCCUGGGCGAGUGUUCGGAGGAGCCGACCCGUCCGUGGAAGUGGGGCGCAGAGCAUCAGCUGUUCCACACCGGCUCAUCAGCAUGCCUGGCUCUGGACAUUCUCACAAAAACAUUCUCCCUCACCAGCUGCUCCAACGUGCCUUUGUCGGGGUGGAACUGCUUAGGCGGCUCCAUCCUUACCAUUCACCAGAUGAAGCUCUCCACCACCCACAACGGCUCCGUCAUGGCCAAGCGGGACACGCCAGAUUCCUGGGUGAGGGGAGGAACCUCUGACACCAUCUGCGAUCAACCAUUUCAAGCAAUGCAUACCACCGGUGGUAACGCUAAAGGAGCACCCUGCAGGCUCCCCUUCCUGUACAAUGGCACCUGGCACCACAGCUGUCUCCGUGGUAACACCACCCAUCCUUUAGAGUGGUGCGCCACUACAGAUAACUAUGACGAGGAUCAAAUGUGGGGAAGCUGUCUCAAAUAUGAGGAGGGGUGUGGUGUUUUAUGGGGUCCCCCUCUGAAUGGCCGUUGCUACCAGGUGGUUUCUGUAGCCCUCGUUACCUGGCAUGAGGCACGGGAUGCCUGUCGCAGUCAGGGUGGAGACUUGCUCAGUGUAUCAAGUGUUCAAGACCUGCAGAUAUUUAAAGCAUGGAGGGACCUACCAGAUAAGCUGUGGGUUGGACUGAACCAUUUGGACUGGGUGCAGGGGUGGCAGUGGUCAGAUGGAUCACCACUAGCUUAUGUUCCAUGGGAAGCAGGGUCAUCUUGGGGCAGCUCCAUCUUGCAAACAAAAGACUGUGGAGUGAUUAACUCGAACCUGCGUUUCUGGGCCAUGGGAUGUGAAAUGAAGCUGCCGUACAUCUGUGAAAAGAAGGAGAACACCACCCAGACGAAGGCUACAGGUAAAGUGGCGAACAAGCCCACAGAGUGUGAGGAUGGCUGGGUCCCAUGGCGCCGUUUCUGCUACAGGCUCUUUGGAACAAACACCAGGGAGCAGAUGUCUUACGAAGGUGCCCAGCAGAAGUGUGUGCAGUACGGAGCACAGCUAGCCAGCUUUCACAGUCUGGAGGAAGUCGAGAUCCUCAGCACACAGCUUGAAGUUGAUGCAGGAAACGCUUCAUAUACAGGGAACACUUGGAUAGGUCUAAAGGCCGAUAGCAACACCAAUCUGUUCAGGUGGGAAGACGGAACAGAAGUUUCCUUCACUUACUGGGCGCGUACUCAGCCCUCACUGCUGAUCCCCAACAGAACAAGCUGUGUGGUCUCCCUUGACAAGGAUCACACAUGGUUUGUGAUGUCUUGCAACAUACCAAAUUCUUUCCUGUGUAAGAAGAAUGGCACAGUAAACGAGAGCAUGCCAGAUGCCGACUGUCCACAAGACGAGAAUUGGAGGAGGUACAGAAAUGCCUGUUACAAGGUCGACACCCGGGAGGUUUCCUACAAGAACAGCUGUAAACUUACCAUUAAUGACAGGUUUGAGCAAAACUUCGUCAGCGGUCUCUUGAAGGAGUUCAUCAGCAGUAAGCCACUGUAUUUCUGGACGGGUCUGCAGGACUCUAAGGGAACGGGAGAGUACCAGUGGUUCAGCCAGACCGGACAAGCAAGAGUGGCAUUUGUCAACUGGAGAUGGCAAGAACCAGCUAAAGCAGGAGGUUGUGCAGUGUUGUCCACGGCUGUUCCAGUGGGUCAGUGGUCUGUGGAGAACUGCACUGUGUUUAAGGCUGGUAGUAUCUGUAAGAGACCAAUCACUUAUGAACCUCCAGCAACCCCUGAACCAACACCUGAUCUUAAAACCCUCUGUGCCCCGGGAUGGGUCACCAGAGAGGGAAUCAAGUAUUGCUACAAGGUGUUUCAUGAGGAGCGACUGAGUCGCAAGCGCACAUGGAAGGAGGCAGAACUCUUCUGUGAGGAGCUGGGAGCUCAUCUGCCCAGCUUCACCGAGGAGCAGGAGAUGACUGCGCUACACAGCAUCAUGAGAGAGUCCAUUAGUGAUGAUCGCUUUUUCUGGGUGGGGUUAAAUCGCCGCAAUCCAAACAACGACAACAGCUGGGAGUGGAGUGAUGGCCGUCCUGUGUCCAUGAUGAUCUUUCCCCAAGACUUCCAUGAAGAUGACGAGUAUAACAGAGACUGUGCGGCGUUUAAGACACUGAAAGGAAACUUGAAGCUAUGGCCCUUCUUCUACCAUGUUCCAGUUCGCCCAUUUUACCACCGACCCUUCCACUGUGACGCUCAUCUGGAGUGGGUGUGUCAGAUCCCCCGGGGUAUAAAACCACACAAUCCAGAUUGGUACAAUCCAGACGGCCACCAUGACUCAUCCGUGUUCAUCGACAGCCAGGAGUUCUGGUUUGUGACCAGUCCACAGCUGUCCUUCGAGGAGGCCAGCUUGUACUGCAGUAGCAACAAGAGCAAGUUGGCGGCUCCGCAGACCUUGAGUGCAGCCAGACGGCUGCGGGAGCAGCUCUUUAAGAAUGCAGGAUCCAAGGAUGUUAGUUGGUGGGUGGAUCUUCGUGAACCAAGUCCUCUAGUUCCUUUUUGGUACUCUCGAAUGCAUUUCUACAACGCUGUGUUCUUAGGCAGAUGCACCUCCUUCAAGUCAGACUCCUUAAUGCCAGAUUUCCAGAUAAAUUGUGCCGCUCAACAGCCGUUUGUGUGCGAGACGCUGAACGUUACAUCUGUAGAAGCUGGAACUCAAGAGCCUCACCAUCCCGGCCAGCCAUGUGAAAAUGGAACCCAUGCCUUCAGAGACAAGUGCUACACAGUACUUAGAAACCCUCAGUACAUGAGCUUUAAGGCAGCUGUUGAAAAAUGCAAAUCCCUGAGGGGAACCCUCCUGUCCAUCAGAGACCAGGCUGAACAGGACUUCAUCACCAGUCUUUUAGCAGUAGAACCACAGAAGCUUUGGAUUGGUCUGAUGAUGAGGCUUCAUGACACACAGUGGGUGGACAGUUCACCAGUCACAUACCUCAACUUUAACCCCCUGCUCCAUGGUCAGCUGCGGCCCAUGCAUAUCAAUAGAUUUGAACAGGGCAGGCUGGAACUAUGUGCCUAUAUGUAUAACGAUGUCCACUCUGACAUGUUGGGUACCUGGGAUUACACAUCCUGCUUUGAUGAGCAAAAUCUCACCAUGUGUCAACACUAUACAGAUAAGCAGGAGUCUGCAGUUAUGACAGACUACAAGUUCCAAGCCAGCGAUCACACGUUCAUGGUGGUUCUGGCGCAGAACGGGAGCAACAUGACCUGGUACGAAGCUCUGGAGUCAUGCAAGCUGUCCAGCAUGGACCUGGCAAGCGUGCCCAACACCUACCUGCAGGCUAUGCUCACUGUGCAUGUGAACAAAGUUGGCCAUGCUUUGUGGAUUGGACUGUUUAGUGAAGAUGAGGAGCAGUACCACUGGACGGAUCACAGCCAUACUGUGUUCAGUCGCUGGGGCCCGGAGGUCACUGAAGGGCGCUGUGUCUACUUGGAUAUUGAUGGCUUCUGGAAGGCCACGGAAUGUGAGACACAGCUGCGAGGUGCUUUCUGCCACAGCCCACACGAUGAGCACAUCACACCUUCUGAAGAUGUAAUGAAAUGUCCACAUGAGAACAACGGACCCAACUGGAUCCCGUUCAAAAACAGCUGCUACACUUUUCUGCUUGCAUCUGUGAGGUGGCAGGAGCAGGAGAAGAACAGUGACCGGACAACAUGCGAGGUCCUUGUUGGAAAGGGAGAUAUCCUGACCAUUCGAAACGAGGAGGAGAACGAAUUUAUAAAGACGCAGCUUCAGCCUUUCAAAGACCUGGCCAAGUUUGUGUGGCUGGGGAUGUACAGACAGAAGGAAGGUAAUCAGAUGAAGUGGUAUGAUGACACCAACGUUCAGUACUCCAAUUGGAAAUCUGGAAGACCAAAUGUAACCGAGCCUUUCAUGGCUGGCCUCAGUCUGAGUGGAGAGUGGGACCUGAUCCAGGAUGAGCGCGUUUUUGCACAAUUCAAGCAGAGGACCAUUGUGGUGUGCAAAAUUGAAAAUGAUCCCAAAGAUGAAUACCGAUUGAGGCCUAUAGAUGUGGACUCUCCACCUGGAUACAACUUCCGUGUGCUCGCCAAGAAAGUGAAUUGGUAUCAGGCCCUGGAGGAAUGUAGGCGUGAUGGUGACCAUCUUGCAAGCGUUCACAAUGAGACCGUCAACAGAGACAUGGCUCUGAUCGUUAAACGAGAUGGAUUCCCCCUCUGGAUUGGCCUCUCCAGGCAAGAUUUCAACAGUUGGCCCUAUGAAUGGUCAGAUGGGACGUCAUUGCAGUUCCAGCCUCAAGGGUUUAUGGGUACUGGCUCUGUCUCUGAGGAGAAAUGUGUGUACGUGGACUCUAAAGGCAGCUGGUACGCUGUCAACUGCUAUGCUGAGUUGGAAGGAGCCAUCUGUUACCGCACUAUCAGCAAUCUUAAAACAUCGACUCGUUUCAGCAGUAACUGUCCUAUGAGUGAUGGGCAGGCUUCAUGGCUCCAGUAUGAAGCUCACUGUUAUGCCAUCGACAUGACCCUCUACAACUAUUCAAUUUACACCAUGGAGGAUGCCAGGAGAGUCUGUGAGAAACUGGAUUCCUCGUCUCAGCUUUUAACCAUUCAGAACAUGGACGAGAAUGACUUCGUCACACGACAUGUAGCUGAAAACCCCUUCAUCACCAGUCGCGUCUGGUUGGGUCUUAACACCAUCUCUACAGAUAAAGCCACCAGCUGGAUCGAUGGCAGCUCUAUGGAGUUCUCCAACUGGGCCCACUUUCAGCCCCAGCUGGGCUGUGCUGUCUUGGUUUCCAUGAACGGGACGUGGAGCACGGCCAACUGCACAGAGAGCCACAGCCGUGUUGUGUGCAAGGCACCAGUCAAAUCGAAGGGCACGCCCGUGGCCUUGGUUUUCUUCAUCGUUGUACUCCUCUGCCUCACCACCAUGGUGCUCUUCAUCGUGUACAAGAGGACGCGGCAGCACUUCUUCUCCACAGUGCGCUACCAGAGGAACUUUGACGACGCAGACAGCACCAGUAUGAUAGCAGAGACUGAGUGAGCACCACACUGCUGCUGUGACGUUUAGUGCAAACGCACCACUGUGCUACAGACAGAUGUAUCCAAACCAAAGUGUUGUAACAAGACUAGCUAAUUUAUUCUAUCACUAUCAAUGCUUGCUGUCAACUACACACUUUUCAUGUUUACACUUUGUAAGUUUUUUGUGUUUUUGUAGAUAUGCAUAACUUGUCCCUAUUUUAAUUUGAAUUGUCUUAAUUUGUAAAUUUUAAUGAAGAGAAGGCCAAGUGUUGCCCGUGCUGCAGUAUCUAAUGUGUUUGUGCAGGGUUUAGGUGCUCUGCAGCUCUGCUCAAUUACUCCUCUGGUCUAACAGGGUUUCCUGCUCUUGAAUAGGCUCUCGUUGACUGCCAUUCUGUUCAAAAAUGUUGAUCUGGGAUCUUUUUUUAAAGCUUUUUCUUUCUUUUGAGAGUGAUGGGUUCCAUUAUUCUACAUAUCUAAUUAAGAUACUAAAGAUGUGUUUUGAUCUGAAUGUUUUUUUUUUCAACAAAUGCUGACUUUAUGCACUUUCUGCAUCAUAAUCCCAAACUACUGCGCAGCAUACACUGACUGUUUCUUGCUGUUUAUGCUGUCUGUCUUUGCCACUGUUUAAUGUUCUCAGUUCAUAAUUAUAUUUCUACAUUACAGCAUAGUUAUCACCAAGGCCGUAGCUGUCGGUGCGCUUCAGAACCAAACUUAGAACUAGUCAAAACCUGUAGACUGUUGGGUCCCACUUUACUAUAGGUCUCCGAAGUCUUAUUAAAAGUAUAAAAAGCACAACAAACAAAAACAUGUGCACCUUGUAUUAUGCAGGAAUAAUUUGCCAUGUUAUAACCUGCCACCUAAACCUCAGUUGCAUGUUGCAUGCAUGUUAUCUAUAGCAAUUUUGAGAAGUAUUCACAGUACCAUAAAUGUUUCAUUAUAGUCAGUCUACAGUAAGACAAAUGUACAAUAUGCUUAAUAUAAAGUAGGACCUAACGAAGUGUUAAUGUGAGACGAGGAGACUUGAGUUAAAUGGAGUCUACCUCUCCUAUGCACUCAGAGCUACUGAUAUGCACUUUAAAGAGCUGUUUUGUUUUCUUACUAACUGCUUUUGCAUUGUUUAAGCACAAAGGGAGUGACUUUUGGAAAGUUGCUUUAGAGUUUUUGAAAAAUUGUUGCAAACAUGGCAGUACUCCCAACAUCACUGAUGGGUGCUGUGUAGGUAUCUAAAUAUAUCUUAUGCUUUUCAGAUAUAUAAACCAAAGAUUCUUCCUAAAUUGUUUAAAGUAAGCUAUUGUGAUCCUGUCUCUCUGUUAAGGUUUUCCAAUGACUUGAUUAAAAAGUGAAAAUAUUGUAGGUACCUGACACUAUUUUCUCAAAGACAAUAACCACUGUUCAGUAAAUCAUUUCUGUCUAAAAUUUGAAUAUGUUUUUUGUAACGUGCUGUGGUUGGAAUGGCAAUAGGUGAAUAGUGUGCAGAAACUGGUGCCUUUUAUUUCUGGAUAGGGGAGGGUGCAGGGUACAGUAAAGACUAAUGAUAGAUGAACCAUCAACCCCUAGAGGGCACUAACCUCCAUUUUAAAAGAUAUUCACAUUAUUCGAGGAAAGGGGGCUAGUUUCCUGAGUCACGGAUUAGAGGCUUAAAUGGGAGAGAGCUAAUUAACCAUUUACUAAAGGUCCUGUGACCCUGCUAAAUGAUUCUGUGCUAGAACGACAUCUGAGGCCUAAAACAUGGAACUUUCAGAUUUGAAAUAUGUAAAAUGGAAUCACUGAAUAUACUCUUCAGAUGUUGGUUGAUUUCAAAUGACAUGCCUAAUGCAGAAAUAUUGAUGUGUUAUUUUCUAAUGGUAAAAUUGAACAGAUUUUGCCUAAGGGUAAUGGAGAGUAUAGGCUACUUUCUAAAGUCACUACAGGUGUGUGUUUGUUUUAUGAUAAUUUAUGCUUUUGGAUUUUUACCCUUUCCUUUAUUACGAACACAGACAGAGCCUCCCAGAUAUGGCAUCUGUUUCUUUGACUGCUUUUGUAUAGACUAAUAUAGUCACCCAUUUCACCUUUUAAAAACAGGAUUUAUUUAUCCCUGUCAAUUAUACGUCCUUUAUUUCUUUACUGUCACUGACGUUAAAAAUGGCUGUUGGCACCUGCUGCAGGAGGCAGGACUAUCCAAAAUACCCCUAAAAAGGACUUUGGACAGGAACGCAAACAUUUUCCAAGACAUUAUUCAUUUUAAUUUAAAGACAAAUUGUCAUAAUGUCGGUUAUUCGUUUUUAUUUUUGUUGUUGUUGAUGUUGUUGGUUAUUUGGUUUUUGUUUGUCCACAGUUAUAGUAAAGGCUGUUGCGCAUGUGCCAUAGACAAAAUUCAUUAAAAAAGCGUUUUCCUUUGGUGACGUGUGCGUAUAACCUAUGCUACGUUCUAUCUCCGCUAAUUUGAAAAUCAUCUGUUCAAUUAGACGAUGGUAAAUUGCCACAGACACCUACAUUAAUACAUCUACGCUCUUAUUAUCUUAUACUAAUCCUUACCGUCAUUUUACAAACUGGUAGAACCUAAUGCGUUUGAAAAUGGAGGUAAAUGCUAUAUAUAGUCUUAAGUGCAUCCAUACAUGGGGUGGAAGUGAGAAGGCAUUCCCUAAGUGAGUGCAUUAUUUUUGUUACCAUCAGCAAGAGGCUUUCAAGUGCUGUCAAGCUGAUCUUCCAACACUCAACGCUGUUCAUUUCUCCUGGGGUAAGUCGAGGUCUGUAUUCAUUAUUCCGUCAGCAUAACUGCUUAAGAAAACCUCUCCAACACUGGCACAAGUUCACAGUUUUAUGAAACUCUUGCCUAAAAAUAAAAAGGAAUGGAAGUAGAUUCUGAGGUGAAGUAAACGGGUGGCAAGGCACAUUGGUGUUCUAUUUGUGAUGCUAGCUUUUAAAAAAAAAAGUUUUGCUAGUGUUUGUUUUUGCCAUCAAAACCUUUUUUUAAUUGUUUGAAGGCUUUGUUUGUUUGUUUGUUUGUUUGUUUGUUUGGGGGUGGUGCUAAAGAUGCGUAACUUUCUCUUACAAUAAACACCCCCAUGAAUAGUAACCUGUUUAUGGAGUUCAAAUGUCAGAGACACUGUAUAGCCUACUGUUGAAGGCGUUUUUACUACCAAUAUUGUCUGUAGCCCCCUUUUCUAGACUUCUGAGGUGGGCUUAGCACUGUUUCUUAAUAAGGUGAUGUAUUUGAGCUGCAGAGAGCUUUUUUUGCCUGUCUGAAGUCUUUGUUUGAAUGCUACAUUAUUUGAAUUCGAAUCUUUUUCUCUUACUAUCAAAAUGACCGCAGUAGAUAAGAUUUUAUAAAAAUCAAGUGUAAUAUUCACUGUAAUAUCAUUAAUCAUGUUUUACUGGCGUAGCUGAUUGUAUUUUUUGUAAAUUUAUCAACUGGGGUUUUGUUACUAAUGAUAAGAGUCUGAGGAGAUAUGCAUAUUGUUAACUGUAUAUUCUUACUUUAGGAAAAUAAAUAAUAAUAAUGCUUAA